UCCGAUUUGUUUUCAUUAUUGGUUUUUCAUUUUUCAACUUAACAAAUGCUGAUGAUUAUGAUGUUAUCAGCAGAAAAUUGUCAGUGACUCAUCAUAUAUCGAUAUUGCAUUGUGAUUUGUGAUUCGUUACCUCCUCAGUGAAAACUCCUGAGUCCUGUUGUCUGUCGUUCAAAAGCCGACGAACUAAUCUAGUCAAAAUUCGCCCAAAAUUUUUGUAAGGUAGUGUAAAUGUUUAGCCAGUCGAGUUUUACGAGAUCAUUAGAAGGAUGGUCAAUUUGAGCGAUUUCGAUUGGAGCUGGCAGGAUUUCUGCAAUAGAGAUUCAUUCGUUGUGUGGAACACAAAGCACAGGGAUUUUGAUUUAUGCUUCCAGUUCCUUAUUUUCCACAUACCCGUCCUGACUCUGGUCGCUGUCUUUUCUGCUUAUUACACAGGAGCUUUGUUCUAUUACUUCAGGAGGUCUAGAAUAGAGAAAUGGGUGUUGAGGGUGAGGACGGUGACAACCCUGGUCCUGGCCGGUCUGCCGGUCGUUUGCGCUUACAUGGAAGAGGUGAUGUUCCCAGGUCAUCUGAAGCCUGUCGACUACCUGUUGGUGGCGAUCGAGUGCUUCGCCUGGCUCAUGCAUUUCUGCUUCCUUCUUGUCCUCUGCAAUAAACUGGGCCCUAAUCUCCGGGGACCGGUCUUCCUCGGUGUCAUCUGGGCGGUCAAUUACAUGCUUUCGUGGGUCAGCCUUCAUUCGAAUUAUUUGAUCGUUCAGGACCCGGACUCUGAUUUGUACGCCUCAGGUGUGCCGUUCCGCUUUUCCAUAAUUAAGGUUGUAGUCCAGUCCAUUUAUCUUUGUACGCUUAUACCAUCUGGGGCGAUUCCUGCUCAGCUCCAGCACUUUCAGUCACUCUGCAAUCAGUCAGGAGAGCAAUCUCCUCCCAUAGGUGCUUAUACGAGAUUCAGGGAAGACCUCGAUGUGAAUUAUUUGGGAGUGGCUAUGGAAGGCUGGAACAGUUUGGCACGGCUCACAUUCUCCUGGGUGAACCCUCUGAUAGAAAAAGGCGUCCAGGGCCUGCUGGACUCCACCGAGGAUCUGUAUGACCUUCCCAACAGUAUGACGGUCGCGCAGCUCAACAUGAAUAUGUCCGUGGCUCUCUACCACCACCCCAGGUACAGGAGUACGCUUUUACGUGCACUCCAUAAAUGUUUUUGGAAGGAGUUCUAUGGUAUAGGUGUUCUGAAGUUUAUCGCUGACGUCUCGGGGUUCUGCGGGCCCAUUUUUCUCAAUCUUCUUGUUAAAUUUAUCGAAGACAAAACUGAACCAGUUGGAUAUGGCUAUAUGUACGCCAUCGGACUUAGCAUCACAGCUCUAAUCAGUGCUUUCUGCAAUUCUCAUUUCAAUUUUCUUAUGUCAAAGGUCGGCUUAAAAAUCAAAGCAGCUUUAGUCAGUACAAUUUACAAGAAGACACUGACAGUCAAUACAGUCACUAUGUCUCAGUUUAGUAAAGGCGAAGUUGCAAAUUAUAUGAGUACGGACAUGGACCGGAUAGUAAACUCAUGCGCAAGCUUCCACGCAUUCUGGAGCAUCCCUUUGCAGCUCUUCGUCACAUUGUACUUGCUCUAUCUUCAAGUGGGGUUGUCUUUCUUGGCUGGUAUUGCGUUCUCGAUCGUCUUAAUACCGAUAAAUAGAUUUUUGGCCAAACAAAUAGGUAAAUUAAGCGAAAAAACCAUGUCGUACAAGGAUGCCCGUUUGCAGAUAAUGAUGGAAAUUUUCAGAGGCAUUAAGACAAUUAAAUUACACGUCUGGGAAAAUGAAUUCGUUCAAAAAGUUGAAGGUGUUAGAAAACAGGAGAUGAAAUUUCUAUCUUGGAGAAAAUAUUUAGAUGCUCUUUGUGUUUAUUUUUGGGCGACAACUCCUGUUUUAAUAUCACUAUUGACAUUUGUUACCUACACUCUUACAGGAAAUCAACUGACAGCAUCAGUAGUAUUUACAACAAUUGCUUUAAUAAACAUGUUAAUAACGCCGCUCAACGCCUUCCCCUGGGUUUUGAACGGUUUGACUGAAGCUUGGGUAUCAUUAAAACGCGUCGAAAGAUUAAUUAAGCUUCCAGAUCGUGUGUUGAAAGCGUAUUACGACAAAUCUGAAGGUGAAGCGCUGGAAAUAAUAAAUGGUAAUUUCUGCUGGAAUGAAACAAGGUUUUCGUUAAAGGGGAUCAACGUAAAAAUAGAUAAAGGCCAACUCAUCGGUAUAAUUGGACCCGUAGGGAGCGGGAAAUCGUCGAUGAUUGCCGCCAUUCUUUCAGAAAUAGAAAAAUCCUCUGGGUCGGUUUCAGUACUAAACUACGAAGAAGGAUUUGGUUAUGUACCACAAACUCCUUGGCUUCAAAAGGGAACAAUUUUAGAAAAUAUUCUUUUUGGCGAGCACUUUUUGAGACAUAGAUAUUGGAGUGUGUUGAAUGCAUGUGGACUGACAGAGGAUAUCAAUCUGCUACCUGGUAAAGAUUCUGCUAAAAUCGGUGAAGGAGGGUGUACGUUAAGCGGUGGGCAAAAGGCAAGAAUCGCCCUUGCAAGAGCCGUUUAUCAAGACAAACAGAUAUACCUUUUAGAUGAUAUUUUAUCCGCAGUAGACCCGCAAGUAGCAAAACACAUUUUCACACAGUGUAUCUGCGGAAUUCUUCAGAACAAGACGCGCCUUCUAUUCACUCACCAGUCGCGCUUCCUCAUAAACGCGGAUCAUAUCAUCGUUCUACAAGACGGGAAAAUUGUCUGUCAAGGAAGGCCUUCAGAGGUUCUACCCAAUUAUAUAGAGUAUGUGACUGAUUCGGAGCUAGAAAUUGACGAGAGUGCAAAAGUCGAGUCAGAGGAAAAUCAUUCUGAUAAAAAAUCACCCGAACCUGAAGUUGAAGUUGAAAUUGAAGAAAGAGCUCAUGGCUCUAUGGAUUGUAGAGUGUUUGGAAUGUAUAUAAUGUCUGCUGGAGUAUGUCUGUGGCCGUUGAUUUUAACUUCGAUCGUUCUGAUGCAAAUUAGCCGAAAUGGAGUUGAUUACUGGCUGUCGUACUGGGUGUCAAAUUUAAACUAUACACAAUUCCAAGAAGAAUUGUCUUCCAAUAGUACAUCUAAAUAUUUAAUAAUUUACGCUGGAAUCGCCGGAAUGAAUUCUCUUUUUACAUUAUUCAGAGCAUUCCUGUUUGCGUUCGGUGGUCUAAAUGCAGCGCGUAAAAUUCAUAAAAAACUUUUAAAGAAAGUUAUUGAUGCUAAAAUGUUGUUCUUUGAAACAAAUUCAUCUGGAAAAAUUUUAAACCGGUUUUCAUCUGAUGUCUAUACUAUCGAUGAUUCUCUUCCUUUUAUUUCUAAUAUACUUUUAGCAUCAAUUUUUACAGUGCUAGGAACGCUUGCAAUGACUCUUUAUGGGCUUCCAUGGCUAUUUUUGAUUUUGGCCCCUCUCGUUCCAAUUUAUCACAACUUACAGUCCAACUACAGAUUGACUUCGAGGGAGCUAAAACGACUUACAAGUACGACAAUGUCACCUCUUUACAGCCACUUUAAUGAGACACUUCAAGGGGCAGCUGUAAUACGAGCAUUUAGAGUGACUUCGAGGUUUAUGAGGGACAAUCAGUCUUGGCUUGAAUCUAAUAUAAAGGCUCAAUUAAGCGCUAGCGCCGCUUCGCAAUGGCUCGGUUUACGGUUACAACUCAUCGGAGUUGUCAUGAUCACAGGAGUCGCUAUAUUAGCUACACUCCGACACCACCUCGAUUUUGCCGAACCAGGAUUAAUCGGAUUGGCGAUUUCUUACGCCCUAACACUAACGAGUUCGAUCGGAGGACUUGUAAACGCAGUCACAGAAACCGAAAGGGAGAUGGUUUCUGUCGAGAGAGUUAGCCAGUAUUUGAAUAAUGCUUAUAUAGGCCUGGAGGGAGAAGACAAAUCGCCCUCGUCAGUUGUUAUUCCUUUCGGUUGGCCAACACAAGGCGUCAUUUCUUUUCAUAACGUAUUUUACCGAUACAGUGAAUCUCUCCCUUAUUCCUUAAAUGAAGUGACUUUUGUGACAAGACCUGGUGAGAAAAUAGGUGUUGUUGGAAGGACUGGAGCAGGGAAGAGUUCAUUGAUAUCAGCUCUUUUUAGAUUGAGCGAUUUGACUAAAGGGGAAAUUUCCGUUGACUUUGUCAACAUCAAAUUGAUUUCUUUGGAUCAAUUGAGGUCACGUAUGUGUAUAAUACCUCAAGAUCCAUUCAUAUUCGAGGGCUCGAUGAGGUCUAACCUAGACCCGCAUAAUAUUCACACUGAUGACGAAUUGCGCGAAGUCUUGGAAAAAACUUAUAUGAUGACAGCGGUGGAAGAAAAUGGGGGCUUGUAUGUAAACAUCAAUAAAGAUACUUUCUCCGUCGGACAAGGUCAACUCAUAUGCCUCGCUAGGGCCAUCCUUAAAAACACAAAAAUUAUUUGUAUCGAUGAAGCGACAGCAAAUGUUGACGAAGACACCGACAGACUAAUUCAACAGACUAUAAGAAAUAGUUUCCUUCAGAGUACUGUGAUAACUAUAGCGCAUAGAGUUAAAACAAUUAUUGAUUGUGACAGGGUUCUUGUCAUGAAAGAUGGGAAAGUGGUAGAAUUUGAUACGCCGAGCAACUUAAUGGAGAAUCGUAAUUCUCAUUUCUACCAGCUCGCACACAACCUGUAAAUAAAUAAAAACCUAGUUUAUAAUUUUCUAAUAUUAUAAAACAAUAAAUAAUAUUAUAAAAUUAUAGACACAUCGAUAAAACAGCUUUAUCCUAGCAAUAUAUUUUUUGUUUUAUAAGAUUUAUUGUAAUAUUUUUAACCAAAAAUAUAUUUUUU